AUGCAUCAUUUAAACAGCAUACCUCCAAAGUGACGCGAAUCAGCUUUACUUUGGCCUGUCUGUAUGGGGCCUUUAAUCUCCAUUAGCAGCACAAAAAGAAGGAAUGGCUUCUGUCUACAUGGCUAUCCCUCUGUCUCUACCAUCUAAACUAAGAACAACUGACAAUAUCUUGACAAACUAUAGGCCUAUGACUCCAACACCAUCACUUUUUCUAUCUAUCUUCUGUUGGAUUUUUAACACUUUUGCCUGAUGAAGAAGUCAGUGGAGCUUUGAAAGCUUGCAUCAUAUAUUUUGUGCAUUUUGGUUGGUGCUAUAAAGUUGGGAUCUGGUGCUGCGGCAGAAUGGCGAGGCUCCGUAUCACCAGCGCGCCUCUCGCCGUCUGCCUGGUGGUCCAGACGGGGUUCCUGCUCUUCCUCUGCUCCCAGAGAGGGGGCUUCUUCAUGUCCCAGUCCAGGGAGAAGCCAGCCGGGGCCCACGUCCUCAUCAUCUCCUCCUGGAGGUCGGGGUCCUCCUUCGUCGGACAGCUCUUCAGCCAGCACCCCGAUGUCUUCUACCUGAUGGAGCCGGCCUGGCAUGUCUGGGCCACCAUGCACCAGAACAGUGCCAGGGUCUUGCACAUGGCAGUGCGCGACCUCAUCCGCUCUGUCUUCAAGUGCGACAUGUCUGUCUUUGACGCCUACAUGCCUUGGAAGAGAAACCUAUCGACUCUCUUCCAGUGGGCAGUGAGCCGGGCGUUGUGCACCUCUCCCGCCUGCGAGCACUUCCAGCGCACGGAAAUCACCAGUGAACGCGCCUGCCGGACCCUCUGCGGCCGCUACCCCUUCGGGAAGGCGGAGGAGGCCUGCAAGACCUACAGCCACGUGGUCCUGAAGGAGGUCCGGCUCUUCGACCUGCGUGUCCUCUACCCGCUCCUGACCGACCCCUCACUCAACCUCAGGAUCAUCCACCUGGUCAGGGACCCCCGGGCGGUGGUCAAGUCUCGGGAGCAGUCGGCCAAAGCCCUCUCCCGCGACAACGGGAUCGUCCUGAGCAUGAAUGGCACGGAAGUGGAGGACAGCCAGUACAAGGUCUUGCAAGAGAUCUGUCGGAGCCACAUUCAGAUCUAUGAAACGGCCACUUUGAAGCCGCCCACGUUUUUGAAGGACCGUUACCUGAUGGUCCGCUUUGAAGACCUCGUGCGGGACCCCAUAGGCCAGAUUGCAGCCAUGUAUAAAUUUACAGACCUCCAGCUGACCGCUAAGCUUGAAAACUGGAUCUACAAUAUCACGCAUGGCCAAGGGCCAGGCCGAAAGAGGGAAGCCUUCCAGAUCACCUCCCGAGAUGCAGUCAACGUCUCCCAGGCCUGGAGAAAUGUCCUUUCCUUUCAGAAAGUAAAGAGAGUGCAGGAAGUUUGUAAAGGCGCCUUAAAUAUACUGGGCUAUCAAAGUGUGGAUUCUGAAAAGGAGCAGAAGGAUUUGUCCAUAGAAUUAGUCUUGCCACACCAACAAAACGAAUUUAGUUGGGCAUCAUUUAGUGGAAACUAAAUGGAGUAUCAGACUAUCUCUAUUGUUUUGCUCAGUCACCAAACAGCAUUAUUUUGAUGGUUGAAUCUAGUGAUUUUAGUAAUUGCUCCUAGUAGUUUGCCAUUUAUGUAAAUGCAAAGCAAAUGAACUGAAGGGCUGAUCCUAGUUUGCAAACACAGCAGCUGGGGCCAUGUCACCUCACUGGGAUGGGAUGAAACGGGUGCCGUUUCCAAAAGAAAAGAGAUGGAGUAGCUCCCCCUCCUUCCAUUACUAGCUGUGUGUAACAUCUGGAAGGAGGUUUAGGUGUCCCAUAAUGCUUCAGUAGAGGAGACUUUUCUCACACUUGGGAGAAAAGUACACAAUUAUAAUUGCAUCAUUCUGUAAUUUGCAUCCUUACAUGACUUUAAACUGUUCACUGCAAAAUUACUGAUCCAAACCAAUGCUUUACAUAGGGGGAAGAGAACACUUGUCUCUCGAAGUGGACUUACAAGUCCUAGCAGCCCAACCAGUGGUCUAGGAUAUUGGGAUUUGCAGUCCAGUAAAACCUGGAGGGCCACAGGUUAGUCUUGAAUGGCCGCCUGAAAGGACAUUGUCUUGUUUAGGGGGUAGUAACAUCUGGAAGCAGGUUUAGGUGGACAGGAGAGCUCCCACGUUGCUGCUCAGGUGGACAGUGCAUUCCAGUGACAAUGCAUGGAUUUCCCCCUGAAACCUCUGCAAUGUUGCUUUCUCCUUUCCUUCGUGCCGCAUGUAAGAAGCCUCAAUGAUGCAGAUCUCUCGCCUUCUGCAACAGUGGAAAGGGGCUUGGCCAGCAGAAGUGAAGGGGUGCCUUGGAGGCCUGUUCUGGGUGGGAGACUGAGACGCAGACCCCCUUCAUCUGGAGCCGGCUUCCAGAUGGGACUCGCAGCUGUGGCACCUGACACAGCCAAGGUUUCUCCAUGGAGCCGGAUCGCUCAUGCAUCUCCUUGUGUGCUUAUUGCACUUCCUGCCAAGAGGGUUUUGUGAGAUGCAUCAGGGCUGGCAGAUGAGUGUCAAGGGCAUGGGCACAUGCCAAAAAGAGCCAAAGUGCCUAGAAAUGUGAAGAGGCAAAGUCCCUCUGAAUCUGUGUGUGUGUGUGGGGGGGUCUUUGUAAGGAUGAAUGUGCCACCUCCAUCUGAAGGCACCUGGCCAGGCUUCAGUUAUAAAAGUAGCUUUCAUGGUUUCCUCCAUUUCCCUCCAUUGGAGCUAAUUAUACUGUAAGAAUUUUCUGUUAACUGAGGAUGCACAAUAUCGAAAGUUUUGUGGUUAAAAAAACAACAAUUAAAAUCAAAAUGUGCAUGAA